AUGCAUCUCAACAAUUCCUAUGUAAAAAUGACCAAGAAGGGCAAGGUCAUGAAGGUGGUCAAGGAGCGCUACCUUCGCGAUGACAUAUGGAGCGGAUCACCCUUGGAUGCGGAGUGCGACCCCGCCUCGCACAAGCUUAGCGGCACCGCCCCCCACUACUUACUCAUCGACACGAAUGUCGCUCUUCAUCAGCUGGACUUUUUGGAGCAUGCGGCGGUGACGGACGUGAUUGUAUGCACCACCGUGCUCGAGGAGGUACAGCACAAGAACACGUCAGCGUAUCAGCGGCUGCGAGCCGCAUGUGCCGCCCCGGCUAAGCGCUUCUACGUCUUCGCUAACGAGCACCACAAGGAUACGCAUGUGACGGCGGCGGAGGGCGAGUCGCCCAAUGACCGCAACGACCGAGCUCUGCGAGUGGCUACCAAGUGGUAUGCGGAGAGGAUUCCGCAGGACAAGGUGCCGGUCAUUCUGUUGACCAAUGAUGUGGCAAACCGCGCCGCCGCGCUGGCGGAUGGGCUUCGCGCCAUGAGCGUCAUGACGUACUGCCGUACACUUCGGCAAGACGCCAAGGAGCUGCAGGUAAGAGAGGUGCUCGUGGUCCGCGCUGCCAAGCGCACGAAGCUGUACAGCGAGCACCUGUCGUACAGCGAACUGAUGGCGGGCAUUAAGUCGGGUCGGUUCCACCAGGGCGCUCUGCGAGUGAGUCGCUUCAACUCGUUCGAGGGCUGGCUGGCCAGCGAAAGCGUGGGCGAGGACAUCCUCAUCAACGGCCGCGUGGAUAUGAACCGAGCCAUAGACGGCGAUGUGGUGGCGGUGGAGCUGCUCCCCGAGAGCCAGUGGAAGGCUCCCAGUGCCAAGCUGCCGGGGGGAGCAGGCGCCAAGAAGUCGGCGGGGGAGGGGACCGCGGCAGCUGCGGAGGACGAGGGCGACUCAGAGGAGGAGCAGGGGCUGGAAGAGGUUGCGCCGGGCGAGCACUUCAACGACUCGGCUGGGACCGGGCGACGACCCACGGGUCGCGUGGUGGGCAUCAUCAAACGCAAUUGGCGCACUCGGGGGUAUUGCGGCAGCCUCAAACCGCAGCGGGUGCGCUCCGGCGGUGCCGCCAACGUGCUGUUCGUACCGGUGGAGCGGCGCUACCCGAUGAUACGCAUUCAGACCCGCCAAGCCGACACUCUUAUGGACAAGCGCAUCGUGGUGGUGAUUGACGGCUGGGACGCGGACAGCGCCUACCCUCGCGGUCACUACGUGCUCCUGAUCGAGAACGACAUCAACACCAACCCCUUCACGCCUGCCGUACACGACUGCGUCCCGCCGCUGCCCUGGUCUGUCUCCCCAGCUGACCUAGCCGACCCGAACCGUGCCGACCUGCGGCAUCUGGUAGUGGCCUCCGUCGACCCCCCAGGCUGUAAGGAUAUUGAUGACGCGCUGCAUCCCGCCACCGCCAUGGACCUGGAGGCGGCUCAGAGGGCCACCACCGUGUACCUGGUGCAGCGGCGGAUCGACAUGCUGCCCAAGCCGCUCACGGAGGACAUCUGUAGCUUGAGGUGCAACGUGGAGCGCCUGGCUUUCUCCGUGUUGUGGGAGGUGGACGAGGAGGCGAACAUCCUCAACACCACCUUCAUGAAGUCGGUCAUCUCCUCCCGCGCCUCCCUCACCUACGCCGAGGCACAGAGCCGCAUUGACGAUCCAGCCAUGAACGACGACCUCACCGUCAGCCUGCGCACCAUGAACAAGCUGGCCAAGAUUCUGAGAGCUCGGCGAGCGGCCGCGGGUGCCCUUCAGCUGGCCUCCCCUGAGGUGAAGUUCACGAUCGACACAGAGACGCACGACCCGCUGGAUGUGGGCAUGUACCAGGUUCGCGAAACCAACCAGAUGGUCGAGGAGAUGAUGCUGUUGGCAAAUGUGGCUGUGGCGGAGAAGAUCCUGCGCCACUUCCCCUCAUGCUCGCUGCUCCGACGCCACCAGACACCGCCACCCAGGCAGUUUGAGCCCAUCCUGAAGGCCGCCGCCGCGGCGGGCUUCUCCAUUGACAUAUCGUCCUCCUCCGCGCUGGCGGCCUCCCUGGACGGGGCGGUACGGGAGGAUGAUCCGUAUUUUAACAAACUAGUGCGUAUCAUGACGACGCGUUGUAUGACGCAAGCCCAGUACUUCGGCAGCGGUGACCUGGCUCCCUCCGAGUACCACCACUACGGCCUGGCCUCCGCCCUGUACACGCACUUCACCUCCCCCAUCCGCCGCUAUGCGGAUGUGGUGGUGCACCGGCUGCUGGGAGCCGCCAUCGGCCUGGAGCCCCUGCCGGACAGCGCCAGGGACAAGGAUGCCCUCCGUGACUGCUCCGAUAACCUGAACAAGCGCCAUCGCAACGCCCAAAUGGCGGGUCGCGCGUCUGUGGAACUGCACACGCUCAUCUUUUUCAAGAACCGCAGCGUGGUGGCGGAUGCGCGAAUCACAAAAGUCAAGGCCAACGGCUUGGUCGUGUUCGUACCAAAGUACGGCAUCGAGGGGCCGGUGUACCUGACCGCCCGCGACAAGAACAACGCCACUUUGGCCUCAACUUCCGAGGCCGCCGCCGCUGCUGGGGAGCGACUCCUGGGUCAUCCAUCGGCGCGGCCGCAGCAACAGUUCCUGCUGGACGAGGAGGCACAGACGGUCACUUCAGCGGAUGGUUCGGUGCGUUUUGCGCUGUUUGACAAGUGCGCGGUUCGAAUCUCGGUGGAGGAGGGAGUUGCGCACAGGAGAACGCUGGUUCUGAGUCUGGUGGAUCGAAGCGAGCUGCCGGAGAGCGAGCGAAUGGGCUGA